AUUUUUCGAAAUAAAGGCGGUGGCGCGAGUGGCGGCUCCAGAGUGAGGCCUUCGGGGCGCCAUGGAGCAGGGCACCGUCAGGUCGAUAGAGAGAGUGGACAGGGCCGGGCACCGCUGAUGAGACUCUGAAGAGAAAGCCCUGGCGCCGGGGCUGAAGCGAAAGGAACACGCUCCCUGACGUCUCACCCACCGCCCGCUCCUGCUCCAAGCCGACCCUUUCCUCGCCGCUUUUCAACCCCGCGGCCCCUUUUAAAUUUUCUUUUUUUUUAAAAAAAAUAAAAAGCCCUCGGCGUCAAGUUUUUUUUUUGUCGAAGCGUUUCUUUCCUCCCACUUCACUAUGAGCGGGGUCACCAGUCCCCCUCGGCAGCCGCGCCGGAGCUUCGGCCCCGGUCAGGUCCCCGGGAGGCGGCCGCAGCCGCCGCCACCGUCCCUCCCGCUGGAGAAAGGCCGCUCGUGUAAGGCCCUGUUCUCCGAGCCUCCGGUGCUGUCGCCGGUAACCAACCUGGCGUUGAACAUGGUCAAUCUGACUGGCCUGGGCAGCAAUUGUGAUACACCGAAACGCAGGCCAAGUGGGUCCCCAUUACUCAAGACACUCUCAUCUGAAUCUGAUGCAGGGCUUUGUAUGGAUUCUCCAAGUCCAAUGGAUGAAAAGGCAAUCAGUGAAACGUUUGAAAAAGCAAUAUUAGAAUCUGGCAAAGUGGUUGCCAAAAAAUUCCCCAUAAGAAGAAUAAACUCCCUCCCGAUGAGACUUCUAGGAUCCAGUCCUGCAUUGAAGUCAAGCCAGUGUAAUUCUCUGGAUUUGGAAGUGUUUCAUGAAGGAAGUGGUGGUAUCCUCACAACUGACAAAAACAAAGAAAACGAAGGAUUUGAGUUCAAAAAGCCAGCUCAUCCAGUUUCUCGAAACCGUCUCUGUACCUUCUCUAGUGGGAAUAGACAAGAUCAGAGACCGAGCUCUGCACCUGCAUUAAUGUUUUUGCCUUGUAUGGGUGAUACAUCAGCUGAUGUUAGUCCAAUCCUCCUACGCAGAUCAUCACUAACAUCUUCAGUUGAUGAUGAAGAUGAUGGGUUUUUGGAGUUCCUUGAUGAAGAUAUUGAGAAUGAUGCUGAUGUGCCUUCUGGCAUGACCAAUUUACUGACUGCUCCACUCGUGGCUAGAAAGGAGAACUCACUGGAAACUAUGAAUGAUGAAACUCCAAAUAAAUUGUCCUGUGCUGAUAACUUCAAAUCUCCGACUCUGUGCCCUGAAAUGAGGUCCAUCCUCAAGCGGGUGGAUCGGCCCAGAGAUGAAGAGACCCCGGUCAAGAAUAAACGGAGGAGAAGUCUUGCUGGCUUAACAGAAGAAACAAGCGCUGACAAUGUGAAGCAGCAUUCUCUAUUGCGGUCCAAAUCUUUCUGUGGUGCAGAAAUUGAGAAAGUACUCCAAAUUGAUGAUUGCAGACACAUGAUUGGCGAUUUCACAAAGCCAUAUAUAUUGCCUACUGUGGAGGGAAGACACCAAGAGUUACAAUAUAUAACGGCAGAGAUGGUAGUUCAGUUGGUGAAUGGGAAAUUUGAUGAAUUUGUCGAGAGAUUCCUGCUUUUUGAUUGUCGAUAUCCAUAUGAGUAUGAAGGGGGACACAUUAAAGGUGCCCUUAAUUUGCACAUGGAGGACGAGGUGGAGAGUUUUCUGCUAAAGAAACCCAUUGUUCCAGUUGAUGAAGCUAAGAGAGUGAUUAUAAUUUUCCAUUGUGAGUUCUCAUCUGAGCGAGCCCCAAGAAUGUGCCGUUUCCUGCGUGAAAAAGAUCGUGAGGUGAAUGGCACAGAUUACCCAAAACUGCAUUACCCAGAACUAUACGUUCUGAAGGGUGGCUACAAGGAAUUUUUCCCCAAAUUUAAACUCUACUGUGAGCCACAGAGUUAUCGCCCAAUGAAUCAUGAAGAUUUCAAAGAGGAUCUCAGGAAAUUUCGCUUUAAGAGCAGGACAUGGGCAGGUGAACGAAGCAAAAGGGAUAUGUACAGCCGGCUGAAGAAGUUGUGAGGAUCUUGGCCUUUUUAUGAUGGGUAGAAGGCUUUUCUUUGAACUCCUGGGCUGGUUCCAUGAUGCUGUACAAUAAUGCCUCCGAUCAUUGGUUGCCCGUGAAUACUUCAGUUAAUUAGGAUGCAGCAACUAAUUUUCAACAGCUUGGUGUUCCAUUACCUGUUCUCAACAAUGUUGAGCUAGUGCGAUGUGGGCAGGGACCACAGAUUCAACUUUCUUUAAAUCUUGUGCCUAGUUUGGAGUAGAUGACUUCCUCAGCCAUUUGAGUAUGAAGACAGUGAAUGGGAACUGCUGCGUAAACAUCUACACAGUUGAUUUUUAAUCUACUGGGUUUCUGGAUGGCUGUUCUGUGUGUACACCCUAUGACUUGCUAAUGUAUUGUGUUAAUCCUGGUACCAACAGGGUUUCUAAUGUUGGAGAUGCAGCUUUCUUCACAGACAGACAGGCCAGUUGUAAAAAUAAUGAUUUGGAGAGGUGG